AUGGAUUAUACUGAUAAUAAUAAUAGUAAUAGUAAUAAUAAUAGUAAUAAUAGUAAUAAUAAUAAUAAUAAUAAUAAUAAUAAUAAUAAUAAUAAUAAUAAUAAUAAUAAUAAUAAUAAUAAUAAUAAUAGUAAUUCAGUAACAGAAGUUUUAUUAAAAUAUCAUGAAUCGUUGAUGACCUAUCCUGAAUCAUAUAUAUUUCUAUAUGAUACUAUUAGAGUACCAAUAUAUUUUUUAAAUCAACCAAAUUGUCCAUUUAAAUUUUCAAACACCAGAGAUUACCUUUGUUUAUUCAAUCAAGAGAAUGACUCUAUCAAUGAAGAUAUAGGUGUUACACCACCAACUUUAAUAACAACAAUAUUGGAAGAAACUGAAACUAUUAAAGUUAAAAUUGAGAAUGAUUUAUUUACAUUAUUAAAUGAAAUUAAAAAUCAAAUAAACAACAAUAAUAAUAAUAAUAAUAAUAAAAAUGAUGAAGAUGAUAAUGAUAAUGAUGAUAAUAAUAAUAAAAUGACAUUAUUAGAAUAUAUAAAUAGAGUUAGAAUGAUAUUUCAAAUUUGGAAUAUUAGAAAGAUAUUGGAUGAUGGUAUAACAGUUGAUGAACAGUCUAUUAUUGUUUCAGAUAAAUCUAUAGUACAAAGAAUUAGUAGUUUAAUGAUUGAUAAAGUUAAUAAUGAUGUUGAUACUUUAAAAAAAGCAUUAUCAAGUCAUAAAAAAAGAAAACAAAAUUAUUCUAAUCAAAUUUUUAAAACAAAAUCAUCAUUACCAUUACCAAGACAACAACAACAAUUAUUAUUAUUACCACCAUCACAUGACAAUCAUGAAGAGGAGAUCGAGGAGGUCGAGCAGGAAGAAUAUGAUAUUCAACAACAACAACAACAACAACAACAACAACAACAACAACAACAACAACAACAACAACAACAACAACAACAACAACAACAACAACAACAACAACCACAACCACAACAAAAAAGAACAAAAAAAAUGAAAACAACAAAUACUGAAACACCACCACAAACACAGCAACAACCACAACCACAACAACCACCGCCACCACAAACACAGCAACAGCAACAACAACCACAACCACAAUCACAAACACAAAUACAAAUACAAUUACAACAACCAGAAUCAUCAGAAUCAUCAGAAUCAUCAGCAGCAUCAAAACAAUUAUCAAUAGUAAAAGUAAAGAAAACUAGAGAAGAGAAACCAAGUAAAAAAACUAAAAAAGUAUUAAAUAAAGAGAAAAGAUUAAAAUUUGAAAAACAAAAAUUUGAAGGUGUACCAGAUAAUGAAAAGGGUAAAUAUAGUUUUGAAUAUAUUUUAGAUCAAAUACCAUCACCAGGUGAAGGUACAACUGAUGAUGAAAUUAGAUUAAUUCAAGAUCCUUACUUUUUACAUGAGUCAAAGAAAUUAUUUAAAUUUCAAAAAUUAUCAGUUAGAAAAAUGUUAGAACGUGAAACUUGUCCAAAACAAUUUCCAAAUCCACUUUGGACAGUUAUCAAUAAUAAUAAUGAUAAUGAUGAUAAUAAUAUUGAAAAAGAAAUUGAAAUUGAAAAUGUAAUUGAUAAGAAAAGAAUGAAAAUUAAAAGUAUGGAAGAAUUUCCAAAAUGUGACGAUGUUAGAGGUGGAAUUUUAUGUCAAGGUAUGGGUACAGGUAAAACUAUAAUUUGUAUAGCAUUGAUAUUGAGUACAUUAGGAUCACAAUCUAAAUCACCAGUUAGUAAUCCAAUUUAUCCACCAUUGAAUCCAAUAGUUACAACAGAUGAUGAUGAUGAUGAUGAUGAUGAUGAUGAUAUGACAAUAACAAAGACAACAAAAAUACCAUCACUAUACUCAAUUUUAAAGAGAAAAUUAAAAAUUAGUGGAUACCCAUUUGGAUCAGAUUAUAGAAUACCACAAUCUAUUAGAGAUGAUAUUGAUCAAUUGGCAAAUACAAGAUUUCAAUUGAUUAGACAAUCAUCAGCAGAGAGAAGAAUUACAACAAAGUCAAGUUCAAUCAUUAAAUUUAGAAAUUUAAUUUGUUCAUCUGGUACAUUAUUAAUUGUACCAAAUCAAAUCAUAAAGCAAUGGCAAUUUGAAAUUAUGUUACAUAGUAAAAUCAAAUAUUUAGUUAUUGAAAAUACUGAUAAAUUAAUACCACCACCAUCAGAAUUAAUCAAAUAUGAUGUUGUAUUAAUUACAAAUUGGAGAUUAAGUAAUUUAAAACAAUUUAAUCCAACAACUUUAUUCAAUGAUAAUGAUGAUGAAUAUUCUUCAAUUGAUAAUGACCAAUAUGUUGGUGCUGGUGCUGGUGCAAGUAAUAGUGGUAGUGGUAGUGGUAAUAAUAGUGGUGAAGAUAGUGAAUUUAUUGAUAUUUCAAUUAAAUCAAUAUUUCAAAUUAAUUGGUUAAGAAUUAUAAUUGAUGAAGGUCAUGUAAUUGGUAAUGGUAAUACUAAUUUAUCAGAUAAUAGUUCAUGGUUAAUGUCAGAGAGGAAAUGGGUUUGUAGUGGUACACCAAUUUCAAGUUCAGUAUUACAAACUGAAUUAAUUAAUUUUAAAUCAAUUUGUAGUUUUCUUUCAAUUCAACCAUUUAAUCAAUCUGUUGGUUAUUUUAAUGCAUUGAUUUCAAAUCCAGUUAAUAAUUUCAAAAUUCAAGGUAUUGAAAGAAUUUGUGAGAUUAUGAAUCGAAUAGCAGUGAAAACUCCUCAUAAUGAAAUUCAAGAACAAAUUGAUUUACCUCCAUUGUCUGUUAAAGUGGUUCAAUUGGAGAUGAAUGAUAAUGAGAAAUUGAAAUACAAUGAAUUGGUAACACUAAUUCAAGUGAAUCUUUUAGCAUCACAAUACACUGGCAAGGAUUCAUUCACUCAUGCCGAUAAUCAGCCAUUGGCAUUACAAGCAUUUACAAAUUUAAGAAAAGCUUGUUUCAAUUGUCAACCUUUAAAAGAAAAAGAAAGAAAAGAUGUUCGUGAAAAUAUUGAAACUGCUUUAUUAAAAUCUGAUCAAAUUAUACCAAGAUCUGAUAAAUUAAAAUUAUUACAAAUUUAUAAAUAUUAUGAAUUGGUUAGUUUAAAAUUAUCAAUUUCACAACAAACUAAUAAUAAUAAUAAUAAUCAAAAUAAUAAUAAUCAAAAUAAUUUUAAAUUUGAAACUUUUGAUUUUUCAAAUUUUUAUUUUUAUAAACCUGAUCCAAUCAUAACUAAUAAUAAUAAUAAUAAUAAUAAUAAUAAUAAUAAUAAUAAUAAUAAUAAUAAUAAUAAUAAUAAUAAUAAUAAUGAUGAUGAUGAUGAUUCAAAUACAACUUUAACCACUGAAAUUACACCUUUUAUACAACAAAAUUCAACAACAUUAUCUAUUUCAAAUUCAGAUACAACUUUACCAAAAUUAAGAACUUUAGUAUCUUCAACAACAACAACCACUUCUACUAGUUGCAGUAAUACACAAUCAUCAUCAUCAUCAUCAUUAUCAUCAUCACCAACAACAUCACCAAUUUUAAAAUCAAAACCAAGAGUACAAUUUAAACUAACAGAGGAAGAAGAAGAAAAAGAAAGAAAAAGAUUAGAAGAAGAACAAGUUGAAAAAGAAGAAAGGUUAGCUAAAGAAAGAGAAAGAAAAGAACAACAAGAACAACAAUUACAAGAUGGACAACAAGAUCAAGAUCAAAUGAAUACUGAAGAUAUUAAUCAAAAUAAUCAAAAUAAUCAAAAUAAUCAAAAUAAUUUACAAGUUGAAAUUUAUAAAGAACCAAAAUUAAUUGAUUGUGCAAAAUUAGAAUAUUUAAUAAUGAGAUUAAAAGAAAUUGUUGAAAUCGGUGAAAAGUGUAUAGUUUUUAGUGCAUUCAAUGAUACUUUAAAGGACAUAGUUUGGACAGUUAGUAGGAUACCAGAGUUAUCAAGAGUUUAUAAAAUUUAUAUGACAGAGUUAACUUUGAAACAGAGAGCUAAUAUCGUAUCGGAUUUUCAAACUAAAGAUUCAGAAUUUAAUAUUAUCAUUAUGAAUUCAGAUUUGGCUGCAUAUGGUUUAAAUAUUACCGCUGCAAAUCAUAUCAUCUUUGUUGAUCCAAUUUGGUUCGCUUCAAAGGAACAACAAUCAAUUAAACGUUCUCAUCGUAUUGGUCAAACUAAACCUGUAUUCGUUGAAAAGUUAAUCAUUGAAAACUCUUGUGAACAACAAUUAAUUAAUAUUAAUAAUGAAUUAUCAAUAUUGAAAAAUAAUAAUAACAAUAAUACAAAGCAACAAGAAAAUGAUUCAGCUCAAAAAUUAUUAUUACCCUCAACAACAACAACUACAACUACAACAACAACAACUACAAAUUCUGAAAAUACUGGAACUUCAAUUCAUCCAUCAAAAUUACAAUUAUUAGAUUUAAAUAAUAAUAAUAAUAAUAAUAAUAAUCGUGUAAAGGAUGAAUUUUUAUUUGCAAAAGAAAGAAAAGAAGAAAAUGAAAGAAAGAUAACAUCACUUUUAACAAAUUUAAAUGUAAUUCCAUCAAAUGAUUUCUCAACUGUGACUGAAGAUGAAUUCGAUCAAUUUAUGGAGAUGUUAGAAAGAAAAUAUCAAAAUGAUAAUAAUUAA